AUGUGUGAGAGAAUCAAUGCGGCUGGAAAGGAAUUAAAAGAACUCCCUAAACAGAAGGGAUUAACUGUAUUAAAAUCAAUCAAUGUUACAAAUAAUUGUAUCAGUAAUAUUGAUGAAAUUAAUGAAUAUAAAAAUUUAGAAUGUCUUCUUCUUCGGAAAAAUAAAAUAGAACAAAUUCCAGCAAUAUCAAUUCCUUUACAAGUUAUUGAUAUAUCACUAAACCCAAUUAAAUCAAUUAAACCAUUAUUAUCGGUUUCUUCAAUUAAAGAACUAACUAUUUCUCAAUGUCAUUUUCUUGACAUGCAUUUUAAUUUAUCAACAUUAGAAAAUCUUACAAAAUUUGUUUGUAUAUCAAAUAAAUUAGUAGAAAUUGAAUUUCUUAGAAAUUGUUGUCAUUUACGGAAUUUGGAUUUAAGUAAUAAUUUAUUAAUUGGUGUUCCAGAAUGUCUAUCAACAUGUACAUCUUUAACUUCAUUAAAUUUAAGAGAUAAUAAUAUUUCAAAAGGACUUCAUUAUUUAAAUACAUUAAAAUUACUUGCUGAAAUUAAUGUGUCAUGGAAUGAUAUUACUGAAUUAAAGAAAUCAUUUUAUAAUAUUAUUUCAUUAACAUCAAUUAAACUUAAUAAUAAUAAAAUUAGAAGAAUACAUAAAAACAUUGGAUUCAUGACAAAUUUAGUAGAGUUAUAUAUUCAGAGUAAUCUUCAACUUCACUCUGUUCAUUCUGAAAUUUCUAAAUUAACAUUACUAACUCUUUUAAACCUAGAUAAUUGUCCAAAUAUUCUUGAAUUACCUACUUUAAACAAUUUAACUUCAUUAGUUAAUUUUUCUAUGAAACAUUGUUCACUGACUCAAACUCCUCUUCUACCUUUAUCAUGUGAUUUUCAUUUAGAAAAUAACAAUCUAACAGUAUUAAAUUUAGAUAUUUCUAAAUCUACUGCUCUUCAAAUUCCAUUUAAUAAACUAACAUCAAUUCCAUCUUUAAAUGGAUCGUUAAUAAAUAGACUAAUACUCUGUGAUAAUAAAAUCAGACAUUUAGAUCUUAUUGGUGCAAAUUUAUUAUCUUUAAAUAUUUCUUUUAAUCCAAUUCUUACAUUACCAACUGAAAUUUCUUCAUUAACUAAAUUACGUCAAUUGUGUUGUAGUGGUUGUGGAAUACGAGAAAUACCUGAUAACUUAUUAAAUAACUUUAAAAAUUUAGAACAAUUUGAAUGUUCAUUUAACCCAAUUUCUACAAUUAUAUUCUUACCUUUAGCUAAUCUUCAAUCUUUUGUUAUGCAAUUUUGUCAUCUAACUCAACUACCAUUUUCAUUAGAACAAGCUUCAAAAUUAAGAGUGUUAGAUGUUUCUAAUAAUAAGCUUUCUAUUCUAACGUCAAAAAAAUCUUCUGUUGAAACAAUGAGCCAAUUAACUUUAUUAGAUUGUUCUCAUAAUCAAUUAAAGAGUAUUGGUGACUUUUCUAAAGUUACUUCAUUGGUUGAACUCAAUGUAAGUUAUAAUCCUAUUAUCAAAAUAGAAAAAUUAAUGGAGAAAAUUAGUAAAUUACCAAAACUUACUAAUCUGUAUUGUCAUGGCAUUUCUCUUAGAAGAGGGUAUUCUUUUAAAGGAAAUGAUGAACUUUGUAUUUCUAUUACUAAAAAAGGAAGUAUAAAAGGAAUUCCAAUUGAGUUAGUGUUUAAAGAAAAAGGAAUUGAAAAUACUCUUAAACGGUUUGAAACUUUUGGUUGUGAUAAUAUUUGUAACCAAAAGUUUUGUAAUGGAAUUGGGUCAUAUGAAUAUUGUGGAAGAAGAAUAUCCAUGCAAGAUUCUAUUUUAGUUGGAAAUAAUUUUUUUGGAGAUGCAAGUAGUUUAUUUGGAAUUUUUGAUGGACAUGGUGGGGAUUAUGGAAGUUGUUUUAUCUCAAAAGAAAUUCAAAAAUCACUUGAAAAGUUACGAGGAAGAGCUUUGACUAAAGAAAUCUUUGAAAAUGAAAUCAUCUCAGCUAUCCAAAAUAUUAACACACUAAUGGAACAAAAUAAUAUGACUGAUGGUGCUACUUCUGUAAUUGUUGCUUCAACAAAAACACAUUAUUUAAUUGCCAAUAUUGGAGACUCAAGAGCAGUUAUUAUUAGAAGAACAGAUACUAGUCCAAUACCAAUGAAGGAAAUAGGUGAUGAAACUCAACAAAUAUUACAACCAAAAUCUCCUUCUAAAUUAGUCUUACCAAAAAAAACAUUUAAAAGUAAAUUAGGAAGGAGUGGUGGUUCAUCUAAAAUAACAAACCAAAUAGAAGUUAAUUUUGAUUAUAUCGGAGGAGGUAGAAUUGAAGUCGAGGCAUUAACACAUGACCACAAACCUAGUUAUCAAGAAGAUCGUCAAAGAAUUAGAGAAACUGGAAAUUAUAUUAGUGACCAAGAAAAAGUUAAUGGAUAUAUUUCUGUUACAAGGGCUAUAGGAGAUGUUAAAUGUAAAACAUUUGUUUCUUGUAUUCCUGAGUUUUCUGAAGUACCAAGAAGAGUUAGUGACUGUUUUGUUAUUUGUGCUUGUGAUGGAGUUUGGGAUGUUUUCAGUAAUGAAGAAAUUGGAAAUUUAGUUAUGGCCAAUGAACAAAUGAAUUGUACAGAAUUAGCAAAACUCAUUGUUGAUACUGCAUAUUGUAGGUUUUCAAGUGAUAAUAUGUCUUGCAUUGUUUUUAAUUGCCAAAACUCUUUUUAA